UUAUUUCCUUACCUCCCAAAAUAUCCAGUAUUUUCAAUGCAAUAAAUAAAAUAUUUUUUAUUACUACAACUAAUAAUCCUUAAUUAUUGAUCAAGCAAAUUAUAGCUGAUAUAAGAAAAAGGCAGUUGAAUUGCUACAGUAAAAAAACAUCUGUCUGAUCACCAUGGAAACCCAUAUGAAUCAACAAACGUAACUAGUCGCUUAGGGCAUUUCAGUCAAUUACAAUGACAUUAGAUAGUGAGUUUGAAAAGUUAUCAUUAUACGAAAAAAUAAACCCCAAAGAGAAGGCGGAGUGGAUAAAGAAUUUUCUAAAAUUACAACAGCAAGAAAAAAUUAUAGAAAAAACAAUAAGCAGUUUAGUUGCAACUAUGAAAAUUGAGGAAGAUAUAACACAGAGUAUUGUACGUGAUCAAAUACAACUUAUGACAGACAGGCAUAAAAUUGCUGAUACUGUAAAGCAAUCUGUUCAAGUCAUUCUCAAUGACCUAGACGCAACAAAAUCAGUUCUAAAUGAUAGCAAAGACGUACAAGAAUUAGAUACUAACAAUUACAAACAAAAAUUGUUAAAACUGGCGAGAAAUAUUGAAAUCUUAAAAAAAUCUUGUCCUCUACAAACUCUAAUGGAGGAAGAAGUUCAGUUGGAAACGGAAUUAAAUGAAAUUGCACGUUCAUUUUCAAAAUUUGAUAACUGCACCAAUAAAGAGACUGCAUCUUGCAUAAGGAGAGGAAUACUUCGCAGCAAAAGUGUCGAACGCUCUCAUACGUUUUGUCGAGAGGUGCAGGAUUUCAACACUUUGGUAGCUAGAACGGGACACACGGAAAACUGGUCGGAAGAGGAUCACCUUCUGUUUCUGAAAUUGAGAAUAAAGUAUCGCAAAAUACCGAAACUGGUUAGAGCAAUUAAGGAAAAAUGUCCUGAUCUUUCGACAGAAGAUAUCGUGAAUCACGAAGCGUGGUACAAGGUUUAUUUGGAAUUGCGAGAAAAGCAGAAGCUGGUUCUGGAGGCAUGGCGUAAGGAAAAGGAAUUGGAAAAGAGUCAGAAAUUAAAUAGUAACAAAGAAUUAGAAAAAGGAGAUAAAUCACUGCAGUCAGAAAAAGUAGAAAUAAAAAACCCCGAAAAGUUAGAAGUAACUACUAGUAAUAAAAAUAAUGCAAAUAUUCAUAAUUUGGAAUGUUCUGACGAAACAAAUAGGCGAAAGAAAGAAAUGAUCAAAAAAUGGAAACUGGAUCGUGAACAUAAACGUUCAAUGGAUAAUGAACAAUUAAAACGCCAUUUAGAAUUUAGAAAGAAUUUAGAACAGCGUCGUAAAGAAGCACGUAUGAAAAAAGUUCUUACUGCAUUGAACGAAUACAAAAAUCGGAAAGUCAAUGAAAAGGCAUCUGUAGAAUAUGUAGAACGUUUGCGGGAGACACAAAAAGAUGCUGUCAAAUACGAAGCUAAUCAUAUGAUUAAAUUAUUCAGACAAAAGGAUGAGGAAUAUGUCAAACGUCGAUUGCAUCUUGUAGCACAUUCGCAAAGUCGCAAUAGGAAUAAAUGUAAUAAAAGUACGUCAACUAUUCCUGUAAAAUCGCGAAAUUGUUCUACUUUAUUCGAUCCAACAAAGGUGUGGAUAGAAAAAUGCAAAAAUCGUAAUACGAGUACGUCAGCAUCUCAAGAAGUUUUAUAUAUAAAAAAUAUACCCAAGUUGAGAGUUACUAAUUGGAGAAAUAGGGAAAGCACAAGUCAGUAAACUAUCAGCCGUAUUCAUAGUCCGUCCUUAUCUCAAGGAUGAAGGACGCCUUGAUGAAACCUGCGUAAAGUUGGCCGGCCAACUUUUAUUUUUUUAACUUUUUUUUAUUUAAAUCGUUUGAUAGUGUUUGAUUGUCUUGUAAA